AUGAGUGACCUAACGGUGGCGACAACGCCAACGACGAAGAAAGAAGGAGGAUCCUCCUCCAUCAAGUGUCCUAUACUAACCGCGACAAACUACACCGUGUGGGCUAUGAGAAUGAGAAUUCUACUUAGGGUGCACAAGGUCUGGGAGGUUGUAGAAACUGAGAUAGAGGAUGAUGCCAAGAACGACAUGGCGAUGGCAUUAUUGUUUCAGUCAAUACCCAAAACCCUCAUCCUACAAGUGGGAGAGCUAAACACGGCGAAAAAGGUAUGGGACGCGAUCAAAGCAAGGUAUGUCGGUGCAGAAAGAGUGAAGGAGGCUCGUUUACAAACACUAAUGGCGGAUUUUGAUCGUCUCAAGAUGAAAGAUACAGAGACCAUAGACGAGUUUGUUGGAAAAUUGGCUGAGAUAUCAUCAAAAUCUACUGCUUUGGGAGAAGAAAUCGAAAAACCUAAAUUAGUCAAGAAGUUUUUGAAGUGUCUUCCCCUAAAGAAGUAUAUUCACAUAGUGGCUGCAUUAGAACAUGUAUUGGAUCUCAAGACAACAUGCUUUGAGGACAUAGUAGGACGCCUUAAAGCGUACGAAGAGCGAGUUGCAGAGGAAGAAGAAGCUCAAGACGAUCAGGGCAAACUAAUGUAUGCAAACUUGGAUUUACAGUCGAAUCGUGGAACCAUCGAACCACAAACCAAUCGCAACUUUAACGGUGACAACAGAUAUACAGGUCGUGGUGGAAGAUAUCAAAACAGAGGACGAGGUCGCGGAAGGUAUUAUGCUCCACGUGAUGCAUCACGAGUCACUUGUUAUCGCUGUGAUAAACUUGGUCAUUAUGUGACCGACCGUCCUGAUCUAAAGUUGAAGUUUCAAGAGGCAGUAGAAAUCGAGAAGGAUGAUACUCAAGAGGCUGAUGAACUUAUGCUUCAUGAAAUAGUAUAUCUAAACGAAGAAAAGGUGGUUCCAAGCAAAUACGAAGUUGGUAAUGGAGAAGACAACAUCUGGUAUCUUGAAAACGGAGUCAGCAAUCACAUGAGUGGAGAUAAAAGAUAUUUUUCGAGCAUUGAUGAAUCCAUUACCGGAAAAGUAAGAUUUGGGGACGAUUCUCGCAUUGAUAUCAAAGGAAAAGGAUCUAUUGAGUUCUUGGAUAAGAACGGAGAGCCAAGAAAGAUUCUUGAUGUCUAUUUUAUACCUGAUCUAAAAAGUAAUAUCAUCUCACUAGGACAUGCUACAGACUCGGGGUGUGACAUAAGGAUGAAAGAUGAGCAUCUCAUCAUGCAUGAUCGUGAUGGGAAACUGAUCGCUAAGGCUGUUAGGUCAAAGAACCGAUUAUACAAGGUUCGAAUGAAGAUAAAGGAGGCAAUGAGCUUGUUAACAACUACAGUCAGUGACUCUAUAAGGUUGCACUCGAGGUUAGGACACAUAAACAUGGAGACAAUGCGAUCAAUGGUAUAA